AUGCACACACGUAGGCCACUGUGGAGAAACGCCAUCUUGUGGGUGUGCCUGAGGCGGGUGUGGGCCGGAGGGGAGGAGGCCCUCGGACAGGAGGCGGCAGGCCUGGGCCCCCUCGCCCCCUCCUCCUCCUCCUCGUCCCCCCGCUUGCCCUCCAGUCUCCAGGCGGCCCUCGGAGGGCAGCUCCCUCGGAGAGGACGGGAAGCCCAUCGAGGCGCGUGCACUGAAGAUGUCGGAACCAGCCUCUACUUUGUGAACGACUCCAUCCAGCAGGUGACCUUCUCCAGCACCGUCGGGGUGGUGAUCCCCUGCCCGGCAGCAGGGUCCCCCAGUGCCACCCUCCGCUGGUACCUUGCCACUGGGGAUGACAUCUAUGAUGUCCCACACAUCCGCCACGUCCACGCCAACGGGACGCUGCAGCUCUACCCGUUCUCGCCAUCUGCCUUCAAUAGCUUUAUCCAUGACAACGACUAUUUCUGUACCGCAGAGAACUCUAUGGGCAAAAUCAGGAGCCCAAAUAUCCGGGUUAAAGCAGUUUUCAGGGAACCUUACACAGUUCGGGUGGAGGAUCAAAGGUCAAUGCGUGGAAAUGUGGCUGUCUUCAAGUGCCUCAUCCCUUCCUCAGUGCAAGAGUAUGUCAGUGUUGUAUCCUGGGAGAAAGACACGGUUUCUAUUGUCCCCGAAAACAGAUUUUUUAUUACGUUCUACGGAGGGUUGUACAUCUCCGACGUGCAGAAGGAAGAUGCCUUGUCCACCUACCGGUGUAUCACCAAGCACAAGCACAGCGGUGAGACGCGGCAGAGCAACGGAGCCCGGCUGUCCGUCUCAGACCCAGCAGAAUCCAUUCCCGCCAUCCUAGACGGCUUCCAGUCCCGGGAGGUGAGGGCAGGCCAGCUGGUGGAGCUGCCGUGCAUUGCCUCCGGCUACCCGAACCCUGCCAUCCGGUGGGUCAAGGACGGCCGCCCACUGCCUGCAGACAGCAGAUGGACCAAACGUCUCACAGGCUUGACAAUCAGUGACCUGCGAGUGGAGGACAGCGGGACGUACAUCUGCGAAGUCACAAACACCUUUGGCUCUGCUGAGGUCACCGGGAUCCUUGCAGUGAUAGACCCUCUGCAUGUCACCCUCACACCAAAGAAGCUGAAAACUGGCAUUGGGAGCACAGUCAUCCUCUCGUGUGCCCUCUCGGGCUCGCCAGAAUACACCAUCCGCUGGUAUCGCAACACAGAGCUGGUGAUGCCAGACGACUUCAUCUCCAUCCGGGGCAUCAACAACGAGACCCUCCUCAUCACAGCUGCCCAGAAGAGCCACUCGGGGGCCUAUCAGUGCUUCGCCACGAGGAAGUCCCAAACCGCUCAGGACUUUGCCGUCAUUGUGCUGGAGGAUGGAACGCCUCGCAUCGUUUCGCCCUUCAGCGAGAAGGUGGUGAAUCCCGGGGAGCCGUUCUCCCUGCUGUGUGCCGCCAAGGGGGCCCCCCCGCCCACCAUCACUUGGGCCCUGGAUGACGAGCCCAUCCAGAGAGACGGCAGCCACCGCACCAACCAGUACACCAUGUCGGAUGGCACCACCGUGAGCCACAUGAACGUGACGAACCCGCAGAUCAAGGACGGAGGGGUGUACCGAUGUGCCGCGCGGAACUCGGUGGGCAGCGCCGAAUACCAAGCGCGAAUAAACGUAAGAGGCCCCCCCAGCAUCCGUGCAAUGAAGAACAUCACAGCCGUGGCAGGGCGGGACACCUUCAUCAACUGCCGGGUGAUUGGCUACCCGUACUACUCCAUCAAGUGGUACAAGGACUCUCUGCUGCUGCCCGACAACCACCGGCAGGUGGUCUUUGAGAACGGCACCCUCAAGCUGAUGGAUGUGCAGAAGGGCAUGGAUGAAGGAGAGUACCUGUGCAGUGUUCUCAUCCAGCCGCAGCUCUCCAUCAGCCAGAGUGUCCACGUCACCGUGAAAGUGCCUCCUCUGAUCCAGCCCUUCGAAUUCCCUCCGGCCUCCAUUGGACAGCUCCUCUACAUCCCGUGCGUGGUCUCCUCAGGUGACAUGCCCAUCCGCAUCACGUGGAGGAAAGAUGGGCAGGUGAUCAUCUCUGGCCCUGGCGUCACCAUUGAGAGCAAGGAGUUCAUGAGCUCCCUGCAGAUCUCCAGCGUCUCUCUCAAGCACAACGGCAACUACACCUGCAUCGCUAGCAAUGAUGCGGCCACCGUCAGCCGUGAGCGGCAGCUCAUUGUGCGAGUCCCUCCACGCUUUGUGGUCCAGCCCAACAACCAGGACGGGAUCUAUGGGAAAGCAGGAGUGCUGAACUGCUCGGUUGACGGCUACCCUCCCCCGAAGGUCAUGUGGAAGCACGCCAAAGGCAGUGGAAAUCCUCAGCAGUACCACCCUGUCCCUCUCACUGGCCGCAUCCAGAUCCUGCCCAACAGUUCCCUGCUCAUUCGGCAUGUUCUGGAAGAGGACAUUGGCUAUUAUCUGUGCCAGGCAAGCAAUGGCGUCGGUACAGACAUCAGCAAGUCCAUGUUCCUAACUGUGAAGAUCCCUGCCAUGGUCACUUCUCACCCCAACACCACCAUCGCCAUCAAAGGGCAGGCCAAGGAGCUGAACUGCACGGCACGAGGCGAGCGGCCCAUCAUCAUCCGCUGGGAGAAGGGGGACACGGUGAUUGACCCAGACCGAAAUAUCCGCUACACCAUCACCACCAAGGACAACGGGGACGAGGUCAUCUCCACACUUAAGCUCAAGCCAGCUGACCGUGGGGACUCCGUUUUCUUCUCGUGCCAUGCCAUCAACUCUUAUGGGGAAGACAGAGGUCUCAUCCAGCUCACUGUCCAAGAGCCCCCAGACCCUCCUGAGCUGGAGAUCCGGGAAGUGAAGGCCCGCAGCAUGAAUCUGCGGUGGACACAGAGGUUUGAUGGCAACAGCAUCAUUACUGGCUUUGACAUUGAGUACAAGAACAAGUCUGAUUCUUGGGACUUCAAGCAGUCCACACGCAACAUCUCCCCCACCAUCAACCAGGCCAACAUCGUCGACCUCCACCCGGCCUCCGUUUACAGCAUCCGCAUGUAUUCCUUCAACAAGAUUGGCCGCAGCGAGCCCAGCAAAGAGCUCACUGUCAGCAGUGAGGAAGCAGCUCCCGAUGGGCCCCCGAUGGAUGUCACCUUGCAGCCCAUGACUUCCCAGAGCAUCCAAGUCACAUGGAAGGCCCCUAAAAAGGAGCUCCAGAACGGGGUGAUCCGCGGCUACCAAAUUGGCUAUCGGGAAAACAGUCCUGGAAGCAACGGACAGUACAGCAUCGUGGAGAUGAAGGCCACUGGGGACAACGAGGUCUACACCCUUGACAAUCUGAAGAAGUUUGCCCAGUACGGGGUGGUGGUGCAGGCAUUCAAUCGGGCGGGCACCGGCCCCUCGUCCAGCGAAAUCAAUGCCACCACCCUGGAGGAUGUGCCUAGCCAGCCCCCGGAAAAUGUGAGGGCCUUGUCCAUCACCUCUGACGUGGCCGUCAUCUCGUGGUCUGAGCCCCCACGGAGCACCCUCAAUGGCGUCUUGAAGGGCUACCGUGUCAUCUUCUGGUCCCUCUACAUGGACGGAGAGUGGGGGGAGAUGCAGAAUAUCACCACCACCCGGGAGCGCGUGGAACUGCGUGGCAUGGAGAAGUUCACCAACUACAGUGUGCAGGUCUUGGCCUACACGCAGGCUGGCGAUGGCGUCCGCAGCAACGUGCUUCACAUCCAGACCAAGGAAGACAUUCCUGGCCCCCCUGCUGGAAUCAAAGCGGUCCCUUCCUCUGCCAGCAGCGUGGUGGUGUCUUGGCUCCCACCCACCAAACCCAAUGGGGUCAUCCGAAAGUACACCAUCUUCUGCUCCAGCCCUGGCUCUGGUCAGCCGGCGCCCAGUGAGUACGAGACAAGCCCCGACCAGCUCUUCUACCGCAUCGCACACCUGAACCGGGGCCAGCAGUACCUGCUGUGGGUCGCGGCCGUCACCUCGGCUGGGCGUGGCAACAUCAGCGAGAAGGUCACCAUCGAGCCUGCAGGGAAAGCCCCGGCCAAGAUCAUUUCCUUUGGAGGCACAGUCACAACUCCCUGGAUGAAAGACGUGCGCCUGCCCUGCCAGUCUGUGGGGGAGCCUGUCCCGGCGGUGAAGUGGACCAAGGACAGUGAGGAUUCUGCCAUUCCAGUGGCUGUGGACGGGCAUCGGCAGAUCCAGGCCAAUGGCACACUGAUCCUGCGCUCAGUGAAGGCAGAGGAUUCGGGCUAUUACACCUGCACGGCCACCAAUACGUGGGGCUUUGACACCAUCAUUGUGAACUUGCUGGUGCAAGUUCCCCCGGACCAGCCCCGGCUGACGGUGUCAAAAACCUCCGCAUCAUCCAUCACCUUGGCGUGGAUCCCUGGCGACAACGGCGGCAGCUCCAUCCGAGGCUUUGUGCUCCAGUACUCAGUGGACAAUAGUGAGGAGUGGAAGGACGUCUUCAUCAGUUCCUCGGAGCGUUCCUUCAAGCUGGAUAACCUGAAGUGUGGGACGUGGUACAAGGUGAAGCUGGCAGCCAAGAACAGCGUUGGAGCCGGGCGCAUCAGUGAAAUCAUCGAGGCCAAGACGCACGGCAGAGAGCCCUCCUUCAGCAAAGAGCAGCAUCUGUUCACCCACAUUAACUCUACGCAUGCCCGGCUGAACCUGCAGGGCUGGAACAGCGGGGGCUGCCCCAUCCUCGCCAUUGUUCUGGAGUACCGGCCCAAGGGCACCUGGGUAUGGCAGAACCUACGCGCCAACUACUCCAGCGAAGUGUUUCUGACCGAGCUGCGUGAAGCCACCUGGUAUGAGCUGCGCAUGAAGGCUUGCAACAGCGCUGGCUGUGGCAACGAGACUGUGCCGUUUGCCACCUUGGACUAUGAUGGGAGCACCAUCCCACCCAUCAAGUCUGCCCAGGGGGAGGGGGACGACGUGAAGAAGCUCUUCACCAUUGCCUGCCCGGUCAUCCUGGCCACGCUGGGGGUCGCACUGCUCUUCGUCGUCCGCAAGAAGCGCAAGGAGAAGCGGCUGAAGCGCUUGAGAGAUGCAAAGAGUCUGGCUGAGAUGCUCAUCAGUAAGAAUAACCGCAGUUUCGACACACCAGUGAAGGGCCCCCCACAAGGUCCUCGGCUGCACAUUGACAUUCCCCGGGUCCAGCUCCUCAUCGAGGACAAGGAAGGCAUCAAGCAGAUUGGAGAUGACAAAGCGACCAUGCCCGUGACUGACACGGAGUUCAACCAGGCUGUGAACCCUCAAAGCUUCUGUACGGGUGUUUCCCUGCACCACCCGGCACUAAUCCAGAACACAGGGCCUCUGAUCGAUAUGUCCGACAUCCGCCCCGGCACAAACCCUGUUUCCAGGAAAAGUGUCAAGUCUGUGCACAGCGCCAGGAACCGGUACUCCAGCCAGUGGACACUCAGCAAGUGCCAGGCCUCGACCCCAGCACGGACCCUCACCUCCGACUGGAGGACCGUCGGGUCCCAGCAUGGCAUCACGGUGACGGAGAGCGACAGCUACAGCGCCAGCCUGUCUCAGGACACGGACAAAGGACGGAACAGCAUGGUGUCCACAGAGAGUGCCUCAUCCACGUACGAGGAGCUGGCACGUGCCUACGAGCACGCCAAACUGGAGGAGCAGCUGCAGCAUGCCAAGUUCGAGAUCACGGAGUGCUUCAUCUCAGACAGCUCCUCGGACCAGAUGACCACGGGCACCAAUGAGAAUGCAGAUAGCAUGACAUCCAUGAGCACGCCCUCGGAGCCGGGCAUCUGCCGCUUCACUGCCUCACCCCCCAAGCCACAAGACAGUGACCGUGGCAAGAGUGUAGCCGUGCCCAUCCCUCACAGAGCAAACAAAAGUGACUACUGCAACUUGCCCUUGUACGUGAAAUCCGAAGCAUUCUUCCGGAAGCCGGACCACCCUGAGCCCUGUCCAGUGGUGCCCCCUCGGGAGGCCUCCAUCCGGAACUUGGCUCGGGCCUAUCACACGCAAGCAAGGCACCUGACGCUAGACGCCAGCAGCAAAGCCUUGGCGGUGCCACAUGGGAACGCAGCCACAACCACUUUACCUCAGCGAACUCUCCCUAUGCCGGGCUUGCCAAGCACGGCCACUCCUGCCGCCGCUGCCGCCGCCGCUGCCCCCAUCGCAGCCCCUGCCUCAGGCACAGACCCCACCCCUGCCCCCAGCGUGGAGCCCCGUCUGCCUCCCACCACCAAAAUGGGGGGGUCCAGAGACUCACUUCUAGAAAUGAGCACGUCUGGGAUAGGGAGGGCGCAAAAGCAAGGAGCUGGCACCUACUCCAAAUCCUAUACCCUGGUGUAG